ACUAAUUACGUCACUUAAUGGCGACCAAAAAUGCGGAAGUGGCGGUAAAACUUAAAUUACAAAGCCGCACACAGGUUAUCAUCGAUAAAACAAAAUGCUUAUACCAAAAACGAGAAUUUCCAAUUAUAUAAUUUAGUAUUUUCUUCAGUCAGAAUGACCCAGCUGAGCAAGAUAGCACGGUGGGAUAAACUGAAGAGUUGGAAAGUUUUGAACGAUGAGAUUGAGGACAAGUUGAAAUCGGCUGAAAAAUUUGAUCAUGGCAUGACACUAGACAUUGGUCCACAGCUUUUGUACACAUUGCGACACCCUAGUGCCCUUAGAUGUAUGGACCAUACUUCGUCGAAACUUGGAGAAAUAUUCACAUGUCACUAUAAUAAAGGGGCAGUUCAAGGUGUCCGUGUAUGGCUUGUGGAAUCAAGGGAUAAAGACGGUGCAUGUAAAAAUAAAGGGUUUGAGACAGACUGUGAAAUCACAUGCAUGACAUACGUCUCCAAACACAGGGCAUACCUUGUGUUCUGUUCCGACUUGACAUUGCGUGUUUUUACGGAUGCUCGCAGUAACUUCGUUGAGAUCGCCUGCAUUCAGUGCUUGUCAACAAUCCUGUGUUUGGUAUACAACAAAGAGGAUGAUGAGGUGUAUGCAGGAGGAAUUGGAUGUAUUGAGGAAUGGAAGGUUUUAGGGGCGGAGCAUGCAGCAUCAGUGGUACCAGGCAGAAAAUUCUUCACAGAUCUCUCUAGAAAUGAUUGGAUCAGAGAUAUAAAAAUUGUGAAAGAGAAUGACCACUUGAUAGCACAGCAUGGAAAUGGCCUUUGUGUUGUCCAUUUUAAGAGUAGAAAACAGAUGCAUAGAAUUCCUAACAAACAUGAUGGACCACUUACAUGCUGUUGUUACUACCCACAGAAUGAUUUUCUGAUUACUGGUGGAUCUGAUGGCAAGAUCAGGGUGUUUAAUGGUACAGUCUUCAAUCUACUACUAAUACAUGUUUUCAUUGGUCAUCAUGGACUAGUUUCAGAUCUGGAGCCACACCAGACAGAGGCUUUGCUUUUCUCCUCCUCUCAUGAUGGUACAGUUAGAAUAUGGAGACUAGACAGCAUGCAGCUUUUCAUGAGGCUCGACAUUGGAGAAAAGAUCUUUUGCAUGUCGUUGCUGAGUGAUACAGAAUUCUAUUUCCGCACUGAGAAAGAUGUCAUGAUUUACAACUGUAAUCAAUUUUACCAGUUCUUUGCUCCUGUGGAAUCGGAGACAAAGAGAUUGAUGUGUUGUCGAGGAAUAGACAGGCCUAACAGAAUACUUGCUUCAACCGAGGAUGGUAGUGUGCGGCUGUUCUCACCAAUUACAGGUCUGACCUUGACAGUCAUUUAUCCAAUGCCGUCCUUCCAGGUGUUAAUGUCAUUUGCCUAUGACAUACAUCAAGACAGAUUACAUACAGUUCUAACAGGUGGCAAAGUUAUUGUGUACAAUACUGCUACAAACCCAUGCAAAGCUGAAGAACUCUGGACCCCGAAAUCCGAAGAUGAACGUGUCAAUAUACUACUUCUAGUGUCAGUGGAAUUUCCAUGUGAGGAUGGAACUGAUGCUGAUAAUUUGGUUUUUGCUGGAUUGGAAAAUGGACAGAUAAUUUUGAGCGAUGCAAUAGUAUGCUCCUUAAACCGCCCAGUUCAGGCCCACGAGGGCGCUGUCAUCUGCCUUGAGAACUGCCUAUAUGCAUCAGGUGAUAGACCUGGCAGUGGGGAUACCAGUGCUAUGAUCUUAUCAGGAGGGACAGACAAAUUUGUGAAAGUUUGGAAGGUUCUAAUUGAUGCAAGUUGUAGACGACCUAUUGUACGUCUGUCACUUGUUUUUAAGGUACCCCUGCCAUCUAUACCUCAACACAUAUGUAUGUACUCGAUGAAUUUGUGGGUGUCCAUCCAAGCAGAAUCAAAAAAGGGCAAAAUAUGGAAACUGGUGUUGUAUAGGUUUGUACAAAUUGGCAGCAAGUUAACUGAGUUGGGCCAGAUGAAAAAUUUGCUGAAUAUGAAGUAUGUGUUGACUGCCCGGCAGAUGACUCAUCAAGAAGAUGAAGAUCAUGUCGCGGAGAUGACAUCCAUAGACCUGUGUCCAUUCUUGAACAUUGUGAUGACUUCUGGGAAAGAUGGCUUUGUCAAGAUUUGGAGUGGCCAGAAUGAGUUGAUACGUGAAAUGAAUUUUGCCACACCAAUAUAUGCUACAUGUUUUGCCAAUAAUCGUGGGGAUAUUCUGGUUGGAUAUGGUACACAUAUCUGCUCCAUCUCUGUUGCAAAUUAUCUUCCCUUGGAUUAUUUGAAAGAAGUUUCCAGUGUGACCAAGAGUUUUAUCGAGGAUGAUGUCCGAGAACUACCUGUGAAAUUUGACAACAAAAGUGAACCCUGGUUAGACAUAUGUAAACUUAAACAGUAUUCUGUUGACAUUGUUGAUCGUCGUCGACAACGCCUGGAAGAAGAAGUCAUUGCACAAUUGAAGAAGGUGACACAGAAAGCAUCUACAAAGUUUGUAAUAUUUGUUGAAGGAAAUACAACAAAGGUCAUUCGGAAGGAUUUUGCAGAUAAGCUACUGGUCUGGGCAAAAGGAAAACAAAAAUUAAAAUUUGGCGUCAAAACUGCAGAUAUUACUUCAUUGUUAGCAGAGGCACGCUCUGACACAGAUAGUAAAGCUGUCGACAGUUCAUCACAGAAAAGAAAAAAAUCUGAUGCUGCUGCUUCUAAACAAACCAAAGCUGAAUCUUCUGUGAAGGAGGAGGAAAAGGUUUUCUUUGAUUCCGAGGGACUGUUAGAGAUAUACCCCUCGGCAGUGGGGAAAGCCCUGCAGGAUCUCAAACACAAGAAGGUACUAGGACCUGAGGAGAUGAGGCUGCUCAAAGAACAGGAACUCCUGAAGAAGGACCCUAUAAUAGCCCCUGAUGGGUAUAUUCCAAACUCAGUGAUCAGGAAGAAGCUGAAGCCACCCAAGGUUGAUGUGAGAAGAGCCGAAAAACCUUUCAAGUUGAAGCCUGUACCGAAACCCAACCCCCAACACAUGCCAGCAUGGUGGGUAUCAGAGGAAGACAAAGAGGGAACAACUCAUCGUCUAGAAUACCGAGUCAUGAAGUGGGACGAUUCACCAUCGCCGACACCUAAAUCAGAAAUUUCCUCUGUAUCAUCUGUAUCUCUGAAAAGCUUGAUAGAAUCUCCAGUAAAAAAAUAUAUCGCCGAAGGCAGAAGUAAAACCAUCAGUCCGAAAUCGCCAAAAUCCAAGUCUGAGUCGAAAAGUCGAAACCGAUCUGUUUCUAAAAGCAGAAAUGAUACAACCCCAAUUGAAAAUGUGAAAAAGAUGAUUAAAGCAAAUGAUAAGAAUAAAAAAGCAGGAAAGUCGGGCUGGGACGACAGUUCACACUCUGGGAGACCUGAUACAGACAUGUUGAGUCGAUCGAAACUGACAUCUGGUUUGAGUGACAGGCAGAGAUCGUCAACAACUUUGUCCGAUUCUUUAAAGACCGGCAGUAAACCUGCAACAUACAAAUUGAUUUCUCCAUCCAUGUUGGUAUUGACUCCAAUUUCUAAAGGAGAAGUGAAAAGCAAAAGACUCGAGCUUUCCCGUAUAGACUUAGAAAUGAGAACGCCUGAUUCUAGACGUGGUCGGCGGUCUGGUGCCCAGAGUGAGGCCAGAGAAAAAAGCUUCAAACUUACAAACUAUGCGGUAGAUGAAGAUUCUUCUGCCAUUCAUGUCAAGGAAACCAAAUCCGGAAGGAGGCUGAAAUCGCACAUGAGUCAUGUGAUCAUAACACAGCUGUUGGAAGAAGAAUGGAUGCCAGAUAUGGAAGGAGACUAUGAGUUUGUUGACAUCAUUAAUAAGUUAGUAACCGUGUUAGACAGGCAGAGAAACCCUGUUAUCUAUGACAGUGCCUGUACUUACGUGUCCAGUCUAUUUAAUGAGCUGGGAUUUUCGGAAGACCAGUUAGACCAGAUCAUCAGUAAGCUUGGAGUUAACUUGGACAGUUUUAAUAAGGCGAUACAGAUGUAUUCAAUGAGGACAUUGCAGGACAUAGGGCAUGGGAGAAAUGAUGUUCUUUUACUUAUCUUGCCAAAACUCGUAGAUCUAGAUGAGUCUAUCAGGGGAGCAGCUGUGGAGGCAAUCAGGGUGCUCACUGCGGCCACUGACAAAGAGACGUUGCUCUCCUUUCUUGAGACAGUGGGCAUCACAUCUACUGAGUACAGGAGCAAACCUGAUGAGGAGUAUACACUAGCUUUGCUUGCUGAGAAGUUUGCAGAACAUUUAGAUCCUAUUUAUUUUGAAAGGAUCCUGAACUGGGUGGAGGGAACAACACCUGGAAUGUUUGAUAGGGAGGAGGAAGACAUGUGGCAGGACAGCUCGAUAUCUCGGAAGGAACAUUCUUUCUUGUCGGAGGGAAAAUCUGUGAUAGAUAUGUAUGACACAAGUGGUCGUAACACAAUGUACGCUGACAUUCCCACAACGCCUGGCUCAUACAGUGAUAAUGAUGAGCUGAUAUUUUCUCGUGGAGUAAGUAUGCAUGAUGCAAAAAGUGUUGGAAUAAAGUCGGAAAAAAGUCGCUUUAAUGCUCGUAUGGAUCUACUUGAUAGGGCAGGGGCGUCUGUUUACCCAGGUGAAAGGGUAGAACAGCCAACACCAUUGUCCGAUUUAAUGGGGGAUGAUGUUGGUAAUGAUGUUUUCUUAAUGGAUGACCAUCAGAGUCCAUUUAUGCAAGACCCAUUGUUGAACUUCGAUCAGGAACCGCUAAUGAGUUUAGACCAGGAACCACUUAUGAGUUUAGACCAGGAACCAGUUUUGAGUUUAGACCAGGAGCUGCUUUCGAGGGAGAAGAGCAAUGUAAGCGGAGGUACCGUCAAAGGUAGCCCAAUAUCUCUGGAGAAUUUACUUCUCAAAGAGCGUACACUGACGGAUUUGUCACAGGUUGGUCCGCUACCUAACUUCAUGCCGAGGGACAACACGGGCAGAAAUUUCGAUGAGAUUUCUACAGACAGCGCUUUUGAGAGCGCAAUAUCUGUGAGCGAGUAUGACACAUCACACUUCUCAGAAAAAUGGACGAUGUCACAUGCAGACCAGCAGAGUUCUAAACAUAGUCAAAUUUCCGACGAAAAUAACAUGUUUGACGUGGAACAAGUCUCGAUCUUGGAAUAUGAAGGUAAGAAGGAUGGUCCUCUUACUCCAAGGUCAAGGGGCACAGCCUCGACAUUCAGGAAGAGGAUGAAGGAGACAGAUGGAUUCUCCACAAUAUCAGACCGCAGCUCUUCCAGUAGAAAAUCAAGGAGAAGUGGAAGACAGGACACUCAGUCUGAGGUACAAAGUAGGGCAAGCACGGACCAUGGUGUGCCGCUACCUUACACACUGCCAGGUCAAGUCAGAGACGCGGUGCUCUCCGGAACAUCAAGUGGCAAAUCACAGCUCAAAAUCAGCAAGAAACUAUCUCCAAAAGAUGAUCUGCAAGAGGCAGCAGAAAGUGAUGCAGAAUCUUAUCAGACCUCUGUCACUGCAAGUACGGAGGAUCCUAUAAAACCUGCUGAAAGUCCACAAACUAUUAAAAAAGAACCGAAAAUAGAAGCUGUUGAGAAGGCUAAAACAGUUGGCACAGAGCCAACAACCGUUUCGAUAGACACCAACACUGGUUCUAUAGAAACCCAACCAGUCUCUAAAGGAACUCCGGUCAAUUCACCUGAAACCCCUUUUGCUACAAACGAAAUGGUUUGGUCUACACAGGAAGUGCUUGUAACCAAUGACAACCAGCAGUUGGAACCAAUCACAGAGGAUAUAGAAAAUGCCUCCUUUUUAAAGACCCCAAGAGCUGCCGAAUCUGCCAUUCCUAUGGAGAGCACUGCUAUAGACGAUUCUGUGGCAGGAGAAAAUAAUGAUACUGAAAAAUUACAGAGGUUUACACCACGGGAUCCAAACUUGUUCAAGUACUAUGAGAACAUGCAAGAUGCACAAUCUGAUAAACAAGUGCCUAAAGAGGUAGAACCAGAAUUGGAACCCACUGGAGGGAAAAUACAGGAUAAAGAUUCAGGCUUUAAAACUAUCUCGGAUAUCACUAGUAGUCAGAUUACUGACAGACUGAGUGGCUACGAUUCUGGAAUUUCCAAAGAUAUGUCAGAAUUUAGUCAUGGGAGGACACUAGGCAGGGGUUUCGCACAUGCCCCUCUUUCACCUGUCAAGUCAGAAUCUACAAGUCCAACUCCACAUCUUAGGUUACAGAGUCCUAAAGAUUGGCGUAAAUUUUUCGACAUGAUACCUAAUGCUCAAGAAAGAAGGCAGAUGGAACAAAUACGAAGAGAAAUGGAACAGGGUAAACUGAAGCACCCGACACUACCCCCGAUAUCGUACUUUGCAGAGGACCUGCCGAUGUUGCCUGGAGAAGCUGGUACCAGACUGUUACGGACUGUCAGGGUUGGUGAAAAGGUGCAAGUUUCUGGUGAUGGUCGGCACAGAAUAGAGCCAGUUCCUGGAAAACUUGCAGUUCACACACAAAAUGAAGAUGCUGGCUUGAGUAAUUUUGGAAUCCUACAAAUGCAAUGGACCACUGGUGUACCGACGGUAAAAGAUCGGAUACAUCCUCCACAACGAAUACCUCAGCAUCGGAGUCACAAGAUGAUCAGGCCUGACAUGUCACAAGAACUAUACUCUGCAAAUGGUCUAAACAGAAUGAGGCAUGGAAUUUCUGAAGAGGAGUUGCACUUGCCAUUUUUAGAAUCGGCCUCACCUCAGUUGACCAAUCAACACACACCAAACCAUUAUGAAUGGGAAUUCCCACUUCCGCCACCUCCAGCAAAGGAAUCACGUACUGAAGUUCCUCAGAUCAGGAAAGACCAUGACAGCUAUUGUAAAUACUACCAUCUGGUGAAGAAGAAACUUCAUCUUUAUACAUCGCCAUUAGGGUUUAUUCCUGCACUGAUUGAUGCAGAGAAAGCUAGACCAAAACCAAAGCAACAAAAAGAGAAGACGCAGCACCUCCCAGAGCUGUUUGUGAAGCGCAUACGUGACAAGGACCAGCAUCCCACUUCUGGAGAGAAAAUCACGAAAAAGAGGUCACUCACAAAAUCUGACAUCAUAUCGUCUGUGAUGUUUCCACCUAUCAAACUUGGACAACUUGUAAACAUCGGCUAAAUUUAUAUAUUUUUAUUUUGUAACUGUGAUAUUAAAUUUGAAAUUAACGUUUUAGAACAAAUUGUUUUCUUGUAUUACCAGUAACUUCAGAUUUGUGUUUAACUGCUUAGAUACAAAGUCAAAAAACUGUUAUUCUAUUCCUUGUUGGGGUUGUUUUGUUUUUUUGCCAAACGUUUUUCACCACAUGUAUAAUAAGAUUGCAUCUGUUGUUAAGAACGCAGCGUCAACGGAAAUUCGUCAGUGGGUUUAGUCUUGACCAGUAAUAAUCAACGAAAAUAAGAUUGCAAACAUUAAUUGUUCUUUAAAAUUGUGUAAAGUGAUAAGUAAUGUCCAGUCAUGCAGUUAUGUGGUCAAGUUGCUAAAGUGAAAUACUUAUAACAAUAUUGUGUGUACCUGUAUUCAACGUUUAAUAGAAAGUGAUUCUUUUAAUUUCUGAUACAUGUUUUGUGUCAUUUAAAGAAAAUUGUUAUAAGCAAAGAGCUAUAAAAAUAAAAAGAUCGGCAACCUGAAAGGCAUAUAGAGCAACUCUCACCAACAUCACAUGGGAACUGAAUGAGAUCUCGUUUUACCGGUGUAUGAAACAGACUGCAGAAGGAUGUUAUUAGUAUUUUCUACACGGGAAGGAAUGCAUUUUUUAUUAGAAGUCUGAGAAAUCAACAGUAAGGCACAUCUUUAUAAAAGGAACAUUGAUUUAUGUCUUAAUGGUUGUAAAGUCUCUGAAAAAUCUAGAUUAUUUAAAGUUGCACAAAUUUCUAAGAAAAAUAAUAAAUAAAAACCACUAUUUUUAUCUGAGGCUCCUUAUUCAGACCAAUAAGUUUCAGUUUCAGAAGCUUCUGUGUUACAGGGAAUUACAUAAUUUCCAGUUUUCAAGGCUCAGAGAGAAAUGAUAGACCAUCCUUUUUGUACACGACAAGCCACUUGAAUAAAAUUAUAGUGGUAUUAAACAUGUUUAUUUAAAAUAAGUCAGAAUUAUGUAGCAGUUAUUCUGUUGUCACUGUGAUAGACCUCACCUUAAACUUUUGGCACAAAAAAGUGCGUUAAUUCCAGAUGUUUUGUUUGUGUUAAAAAUAAAGAGAAUGUACUAGAACUGUGAUGAAAAUACAUGAAAAUUAUAAAAAAGACUGUGAUAAAAUUUAAUCUAUUCCGUUGUUUAAUGUGUCAAAAUAAAAGACAUGUUGUCAAUACA